AUGUCGGACCUCGACUUCAUUGGCAAUGCGGUGGGAGAUGAAUCGUCAGAAAACGAGAUAGAAGUAUCUGAAUUGGGAAUUGUCGGCUCUCUGCAAAAAGGGAACGAACCAGCACCUGAUCUUCUAUCAUUCAAUGACCAUGAAGAGUUCCAGACAAGGGCAGUUAGCAACGAGAACUACUUAACAUUCCAGGCUCUUCCGUUUGCGCGAAACCAACUUCUCCGGGAUUCGGAUGGUAAUUCGGUUUCUUCCAAGAUUCAAAUCCAGGCAUAUUUGAGAGGCCGCUUUACACAUCAUGAUGAAGUUGGUUUAACUAAAACCCGGCGCGAAUACAGCACUGCUAAUGCUAGCAGCUCUGACGAUAAAGACACAGUUGGUCUUAUUUUCUAUCGCCGCAAUAAAUUCAAAGUUGUCGGAACAAUCUCUAUACCGACCGCAAUUGCCAAUGUCAGACUUGAAAAUACUGGCGAUUCUCGGAUAACCGGUCUUUUUGCCGAGUUGGACGCCACCGAGAGCCUUGAAGGUGUCUCUGUGCGAAUAAUACAUACAGACCCAAAAUCGAAACCGACAACAGCUUCAUCGCAGUUUGAGCCGUCAAUUGACCAAGGCUGUCCCAGCAGGAAUUCGCUAUCCCGGACAAUCCCUGGGCUGCCUCGUGUUUGUCUGUGGCUAGAAAGGGAUGAAGAUGUUGAGUGUGGCUCGGAGUCUGGUGUCGGUGACUCUGUACUUUCGGUACCCAUAUUUUGGGACAAGCUACAAUUUCGGCACGCGACAGCAAAGAAGCGUGGUACGUGGCAGUAUUUCUAUCUUCGAGUCACUGUACUAGCUACACUGGAAGAUGGAACUACUCAUGCUAUUAGCCAGAGUCAAAGCUCGGCGAUCACUGUGCGCGGAAGAUCUCCCCAGAGCUUUCCAAAGCAUGCAAGCAAGACAAUGAAAACGGGCACUACAACGAGUGGAGGACGGCAAGUUGUUACACGACAUCAAGAUAGUCGUAAAGAAGCCGCAUGGAGAGACAGUCCUAUAGAUUUCCAGGCCACGGACUAUAACCCUACGUUAGAUCCCAUUCCUGGUAAUAUGAUUUUCUAUGAUUUUUCCGACCUUGGUAUUUGGAACAACGACCUACAAUGGCAGGAUGGGGAUGGAACGACAGACGAGCUCAGCGGACUCAAUGGUUACCUUGAUAGUCGAGGUUCAGCUAAGAGUUCCACCGACAAUACGCAUAUUGCCAAUAAUAGCAAUGCCUGUCUUUUGAUUCCUCCCUCGGAAACCCAUCUGCUCCCGAGUGUACCUAAUCUUGGUUCAAUAUUCAACUUACCGAAUUCGCUGUCGUCGUUAGCUGCUGAUUACCCCAAUGCACAAGAUGCACAAUGUGCCCCCUUUGUCUUAUCCAUGCCCUUUACGAUUAGUGAUGACGCAGUGAAUGUCAGCCAUAUAGCACAAGUUACAUCUGAAUUUCCUGUGAACCCGGAUCACGAAACCACGGCGUCUCGGAAGGCAAACGGCUUGGACGACGAUGAAAGCGACGGCACGGAUGAGGAGCGUAGGAUAUAUUCUUAUGAAUAUAUUCCGUUAUCUAUCAAUGACUGGACAGUCCCCGUUGAUGCAGUUUAUCGUCCGCACGGAGUACAUGCUAGGAAGGUUCCGAACCUUGAGAAGUCCAUCAUGAAAAAACGUUAUUUUCUCUGA